AUGGCGGCCCAGACGGCGUGGCCCGGCGGCAGGCCCCUCGCGUCCUCGGACGACGAGGGGAAGAGAGAGGCGGCCCUGCGGGGGAGGAACGGGGAGAAGUGCUUCAUCAGCAUCAUCUGCCCCAGCGUGUUGACCCUGAACGUCUCGAGCGCCUUGUCGUACUCGACCUGGCCCGGGCUCUUUUCCGGGUGCAGGAUCCCCGGAGUCGCGAGGGCCAGCCUGAGAUGGUGCGUCUUUGUUCUGCGCCUCCUCGGCGGCGGCGGCGAUGGUGGGCUCGUCCGUGACGUCGACCCGCACGACCUUGAGGCGCGAGGCGAGGUCCUCCGUCUCGAUGGAGGGCAGGGCGAGGGACUUGAGGAAGCGGUGCUUGGCGUCCGUGGUGUCGGGCGAGCGGGUGGUCGCGAGGAUCGGGGCGGCGGUGGUCCGGAGCAGGUGCUUGACCAGGUGGGCGCCGAUGCCGCGGGAGGAGGGGGAGAUGAGGAUCCAGGGGCGGGACAUGGCUUCUCCUGCGCGUGGCUGCGGGGUUGGGGUGUGUUGAGAUUGGAGGUUGCGGUCGUCUCGAUUAUACGCGCCGUUGGUGCGGCUCGCGAUUCACUCGAGAUGGCAUGCAGUGAAAUUGUCUGGGCAAUGGAGGAUGAAGCUGAACGGGAGAUCCAAUCACAGGGAUUUGGCACGCAAGCAAACGCAGAGGGAGCAUGUACACGAUGUCAGAUCAUUUGUAUUUUGUCGAAUUGGGGUUUCUCCACACAAGCUUCAGUCGAAGACAUCAUGACUUUGAAAUGA